ACACAUAUAGUUGUCUUUUACAAAUAACAACACCUGAAUACUUCUCCCCACCUCUCUCUUUCUCAUCUUAUCACCACCAUUGAUUCCCCCUCAGAAAUGAACCAAACCCAAAGACAGAAAGUGAAAUAAGUCUUGUCCUUUUUUUUUUUUGUCUUGGUGUGUGGAACAAAACAGUGUUGGCGAUGUCAUACAGCGACCCAAACCCAAACCCAAUUCAAGGAACUUACAUACCAUCGAACUCGAACGGAACUGAGAAAAUGAAAGCGUACCAAGCUUUUAUCUUCUCUAUUCCCAUUUGUUUCACAGUCAUCGUCCUCUUCGUGCUUUACAUCGUUUACCUCCGUCGUAACAGCGCCGCCAAUGUGGAUUGGUCUUCUCUUGGAAUGCGUGGUGGUGCCCUCGUUCCCCCCAACAACAAUCUCUCAACUGCUGAAUCAGGACUGAGCAAAGAUGUGAGAGAGAUGCUUCCCAUUGUUAUCUACAAGGAGAGCUUCUCUGUCAAAGAUUCACAAUGUUCAGUGUGUCUUGGGGACUACCAAGCAAAUGAGAAGCUCCAACAAAUGCCAUCAUGUGGGCACACUUUUCACAUGGAAUGUAUUGAUGUAUGGCUCACAUCACAUACAACUUGCCCUCUUUGUCGUCUCUCUCUUAUCCAGAAGCCGUCCCCUCAAGGCCCAGAGGUUGUCUCUUCCAUGGAAAACUCUAAUGGAGGAGGAGCUUCUGCUCAACCAGAGUCCCAGUCAUCAACAACCGAAGCAAUAAUUCAGAUCAAUGAUGGCCAAGAAGGUAACGGAGAUAAUCAAGAGGUUAUCUCUAAGGACACAGAAGAGAAUGAACGAAACAGCGUAGGGACGACAUCGGAUGGUUGUUGGAAUCGCAGACUUGGUUAAAAAGCAAAAACAAAAGCUUUAUCUCAUGAUGAUGUUCUGGUUAGGAUUUAAGAAAUUUUUGCUCUCUCUCUUGCAUUGUGACUUGUUACAUUGCUAGCUAUGAGUGAUAUAAAUGCAUGAUUAAUUUAUAAUAAUAAAAGUUGGGUAAGUUUGGAAAAAUUCGUGUCACAACUU